UCAGUGAUCACCAAGGAGUAUGUAAUCACUGCGGGAUUUAUUUUAAUGAAAAAUUGUGAUUUGUGAAGACAUCAACAUAUUUUAGUUAAUUGAUUUAGCAAUGCUAACAUGGAAAUUUCAUUUAUGUUGAAUAAUAUGUUUAUCAGUAAGUAGUUUAAAGAAAAUAUUGAGUUAUAAUGAACGAACAACCUUCUAAGAAAAUUCUGUUCAACAGAUCAACAUUACUUAGUCUCAAAGCGGAAUUGCUCAAAAAACAAGAGGAGGUGCAGGAAAAAAAACACUUGCCACAGCACAAUUUGGAACUUUUUAAGCCCCACCAAUCUGCUGAAAAGAAAAAUAAAAGUGAAACUCAAACAGAAAAAAAGAGUUUCAGAGAAAAAUUAAAAGCUGUUGAUGUAGAAGAAUUUGAAGCUUGCAGGAAGGCCAAACUAGCAUUAGAAAAGAAAGCAGAAUUGUAUGAGCAUUUGGCCGAUGGGGCAGGUGACUCACAGCUGGCAGGUCGCUUUCUUGUAGACUUUAAGGGUAAAAAGCAAGAGACAGUAUUGAGACCGGAACCUGAACCUGAAGAUGAAGAAGAACAGGUUCCAUAUGAAGAUGAUCAGGGAGAAUGGGUGGAGUUCACAGACUUUUUGGGUCGAACUAGAAAAUGCUUGAAAUCUGAUUUGGAGCAUUAUAAAAAGAGAGAUGAACAACUAAUGAAGAUAGUUACUAAUGAAAAACCUCACCAAGACUCUACUGAAAGUGAACAGCAGACAUCACAAAACUCCGAAAAGCCACUAUUAGUGCAAAAGACAAAUGACUACCUUCAGUCGUUGCGAGAAAAAUGGGAACAAAAAGAAAUGGAACUCUUAUCAAAGGAUAAGGAUAUACACUAUCAAGAUUUACUAUUCGAUGAGGCAAGAAUCCAUGGCGUCGGCUACUACGCCUUCAGCACAGACGAGACGGAGCGUCGCAAGCAGAUGGAAGAACUCCUGAAGCGACGUGACGAGACUCUGAAAGCUCAAAAGCAAGCUGAGGAACUGCGCAAAAAGAGAGAUGAGCUCAUCGCGGCCAGGGUCGCGGCGGCAAGGGCCAGACAACGCGCCAGGGCUGGAUUGCCGCCUGAAGACCCUGAAGAAAAGAAAAAGGAGUUUACCGCAUGCCUCCUCCAGUUUCUGACGCAGCAAAGGGACGAAGCGGAUAAAAAAGCCAAAGAAGAGGAAAAGAAAGCUCGCGAGGAAGAAGAGAAAGAGAGACAGAAGUUACGUGAAGCGUAUGUUCGUGAAUGGGAUCUCGGAAAGGAAGGGGUUGAAGAUAAAGUGAAGAAGUUUAAAGUAAUGUCGCAAGAGGAAUACGUUGAACAACAAAGAGCGAAAAGAAUCGACGAAUUCGCCCCGGUUCAAAGUACAAACAGUGAUAAUUCUAUGUAUGUGUUUGAUACACAAGGCAGGAGAAUUGAACCUGAUAUUGACAUUAACAAAGAUAAAACUUGGUCAGAUGUAAGGCGAAUGAAAACCCCUCCACCGCCAGUUAUAGGAGAUCUUACUGAUACAGCAAUGAAAGGCCUCUAUUUCUCCACGAAAAAAACAGAAGCCAUGGUCAAAUACAAAAACUUCGUCAAGUUCCAGGAACCAGUUCCUAUAAAUAAUGAAUUAAGCGAUGAAGAUAGUACUAUAAACACACAAUCUAAAUCUGAUAAGAGAAAAGGUGGUACCGAAUAUGUUGAAAUAGAACCUCCUUCAACAUUUGAUUAUUAUGGUCCAGUUCCUAAGCACAGAAAGGUGGAUAAACCCUUCAGUUCGGAUUUAAGAGAAGCGAUGGCCCAAGGGAACAAAAGCUUAGAACGAAAAGAGAGUAGUAGAAGACUACCACAACAUUAUGAUUUUACGUUCGACUGAUUUUUGUUGGUUAAUUUUUGGAUUAAAAUGCAUAAUAUCGUGUUGAAUAAAAAUCAUUAUCAGUA